AUGGCUUCAUGUUUUAAUAUUCCUCCUAACUUUUGGAAAUUAUUCUAUAUGAAUCUGAUUUUGACAAUACAUUUGAGUCUUUGCUUAGCCCUUAUAGCUUUGCUGCCCUAGAUUGCAGAACAAAACGGCUAUACUGAUUUAGGCAAAUAUUCGAUUAUGACUGUCUACUUAACCGAGUUCCUUUUCAAUAUCAUUGCCCCCGCUUACCUAAAAAACAGAAGAUUCAACUAUGCCUUCCUAUUUCAAGCUAUUUUAGUGGUUCCAUGCUUUUUUGUUUCUGACUAUUUAGCGAAUUGUAGAAACGGUAACGACACUUUUUGGAUUUGCAAACCUUCAGUAAUGAGCCCACUUAGUAUAUCAUUUACUUUUCUCUUAGGAGUUGGUCUUGCUGGAUACUUUAUUCUUUAAAAUUUUUAUGUGAGUUAAUGCUCCUCACAUGAAUCAUCAGAGAUCAUGUUUAGCACAACUUAUAUAUUUUUAGGCUGUUCUUCUAUGUUGAGUGGAUUUUAUGCUAAUAUCAUGUUAUAAUUAGUAUCAAGAUCAAAUUUUUUUUGGGUCUCAGGGUUUAUUGAACUCAUUUUAUCACUGCUUUUUUUCUUUAUUAAAACCCCUACAAAAUCAGAUGUUCUAAUCUUUGAUAGCAAAGUCAAUUAAGAAGAUUUAGAAAUUGAAGCAGAAGAAAAUUCUAUAAGUAGGAACAUUUAGAAUAUAUUUAAAACUAUGUUUGAUAAAUCAUCCUUUAUAUACUACCCUCUUUUUUGGACUAGUGGCAUCAUCAUCGGAUUCGAGUACGGUCUCCUGUAUUAAUUCAUUAAUAAAUCAUUAUCAAAAUAACAUCAUGAUCUUUAGACUGUGAAUGAGAUAACUGCAUCUGUGUAUCUUACGGUUGGCAUUGCUUAAAUCUUGGGAGCCCUUUUAAAUGGAUUUAUUAAGAAAUUAUUCAAGUCAAACUCAAAUAUUAUUCUCUAUGCAAAUAUACUUUGUGUUGUUAUGUUUGUAUCACUAGUAGACUCUUUUGUGUAUGAUUUGACAUUAACAAAGGCUUUAGGCUUCUUUUUAGGGUUUGCCGACAUGACUGGGUAAUUCACAUCCUCUAUCACAAUAUCUGAAUAAUAUAAAGAUCCACUUUCUAUUUACGGGGUAUAUUUUUCUAUGCAAAACUUUUCUAUAGCUUUUAUGAUAGCAUAAGCCACCUUUUUAUAACAUUUACAUUUAGCCUACAAUUUAUGCAUUAUAACAUUAUCAUAAAUAGCUGUUAAUGUUUCAAUCCAUUAUCUAAAUAAGAAAAAACAUGAAUGA